GACGACAAAUCGUCCAUCUGCUAGUCCGCUCCCCCACCUGAGAGGAGCAAACUCCGGCAUGUGUGCAUUUGUGCACCGUUAAAAUGAAAAUAUAUAUACUUUUCCCGGUGUUUAUCUGAAUCUAAAUCUGAAGCAGGAUCCAUGCUUGUUGUUUUUUCAGUGACAGCUAUGGACAUAAAAAAACUACGCUUGUCAGUUAAGUAGCUCGCCAGCUAGCCAAAGCUAACUGCUAAUGUGGUGCUAACGGCUAAACAUUUGAUUGCUUGUUUGUUACUUAGGCGUUUGGUUUGGCAACAUGAUACAUUAUCCCUUUCAUCUAAUAUAAUUGUUUGCUUAUUGGAAUUGGAGAAAUGUUGACCAUAGAUACGUUUUCAUAUAAAUUAGUCGCAAGUGUUGCCACAACAGUGUAGCUUGCCGUCUAACCUUAACGUUUGCAAGCUAACAGUUAGCCUGCUAGCCACGUAAACUGCUCCUGCUUGGUGUUGACGUAGCAGGAGCACCUAGUUCGCCUGUCUUGUCAAGCUAGAUCAAAUUGAUAUGAAAUAGAAGCUCUGCCCAAUAAACUUGGACGUCUCGAAGACAUGAACAAUUGUCACCCACAAUGCUUUAGUUGGGCUUGAACGCGUGGCUCGUACGGUUCUGUGUCCUGUUGCAUUGAGCGGAUGAUGAAGCGGGUCAUCUGGUUGAUAUCAGGAUUAAACAGAAGAAUGAUGAAGCUCCUUUUUGCCCUCGCAUUGAUCGCCUACAUUGCCUCUGUCUGGGGAACAUAUACAAACAUGAGAUCAAUACAAGAACACGGAGAAAUGAAGAUUGAGCAGAGAAUUGAUGAAGCCGUGGCUCCUCUCAGAGAGAAGAUUCGGGAUCUGGAACAAAGUUUUUCUCAGAAAUACCCACCAGUGAAAUUCCUGUCAGAAAAGGAUCGGAAGAGGAUUUUGAUCACUGGUGGUGCUGGUUUUGUGGGUUCCCACCUGACUGACAAGCUGAUGAUGGAUGGCCACGAGGUGACCGUGGUGGACAACUUCUUCACUGGAAGGAAAAGGAAUGUGGAGCACUGGAUUGGCCACGAAAACUUUGAGCUCAUUAAUCACGAUGUGGUGGAGCCUCUCUAUAUCGAGGUGGACCAGAUCUACCACCUGGCGUCUCCAGCCUCACCACCCAACUACAUGUACAAUCCCAUCAAAACACUCAAGACCAACACCAUUGGCACUCUUAACAUGCUUGGUUUGGCCAAACGCGUGGGCGCCAGACUGCUCCUGGCUUCCACUUCUGAAGUUUAUGGAGACCCAGAGGUUCACCCACAGAACGAGGAGUACUGGGGGCACGUGAAUCCGAUUGGCCCUCGUGCGUGCUACGACGAGGGGAAGCGUGUAGCCGAGACCAUGUGUUACGCCUACAUGAAACAGGAAGGAGUGGAGGUGAGAGUGGCCAGAAUCUUCAACACGUUUGGCUCCCGAAUGCACAUGAACGACGGACGAGUCGUCAGCAACUUCAUCCUGCAGGCGCUGCAGGGAGAACCUCUCACCGUGUACGGUUCUGGUGCCCAAACAAGAGCCUUUCAAUACGUAAGUGACCUGGUGAAUGGCCUCGUGUUGCUGAUGAACAGUAACAUCAGCAGUCCAGUCAACCUGGGGAACCCGGAGGAACACACCAUCUUGGAGUUUGCUCGUCUCAUCAAAAGUCUCGUCGUGAGCCGAAGUCAGAUCCAGUUCCUUCCAGAGGCCCAGGACGACCCACAGAGAAGACGACCUGAUAUUCGAAAAGCCAAGAUGCUGCUCGGCUGGGAGCCGGUGGUGCCCCUGGAGGAGGGCCUGAACAAAACGAUCCAGUACUUCAGCCGGGAACUCGAGCACCAGGCCAACAACCAGUACAUCCCCAAACCGAAGGCCGCCCGCAUGAAGAAAGGACGACCCAGACACAACUGAGGUCGGGGUUUUUUUUUCCACCGCUCACUCUCCCGAAACACGGAAGGAUGAUCAGACUCCUCGGAGGAGCCUUGCAGAGCAGCUCUGUGACGUGCGCUGCUGAGUGGAGCACUCUUGGCUGUGAGGUCGCUUAUUUCCUGUUUGAAGCAGAGACACUUUCUCUUGAAGUGUUGUGUUGGCGCUGCACUGCGGGAAAAGGACUUUCCAUACCGGAGCUUUCGCGUUGGAUGGACAGACUUGAAUCUAAAGAUAAAUAUAUGAGGCAAGAAAUCCUACCAUUUCUUUUUCGUUGUGAAAUUGUGCUUUUGUUAUUUAAAUGACAGAUGUGAGAAUGUGGGAAACGGCUCACACUGCAUCAGUGCUUUUUGUUUUAUUUUUUAAAUCAGUUUCAGGGUCUUUUGUCUCCAGAGAUUUAGAGACUUUGUUUUUCCACUGGAUGUUUCUUGGCGUCAGCCAGGCCGUUAAUGUCAACAUUACAUGUUUGUCAGAAUGUCAUCCUGUUCUGAUUGGUGAAAACUCAUGCCAGGAUGUGCGUUAUCAAUAUAAGAUGCUAUUUUAAUAAAAUAUUUCAAAUAUGA